AUGAGUUCGACCACAUUAGAUGUUAUUGAUAUCGAUGAUGAAGAUUCAAACAAGUCAUUACUUACUAUCAAUCUAGUUGUUGAUAAAGGUUCGACGUCAACAACAUCAUCAUCAUCAUCAUCUCCCGACAACAAUACAGAAACAACAGAAACAGUAGACAACAAAGAAUAUUUAACAGUAUUUAUUCAAAAAGAUAAAUGUCUUCAUUCAGAUGUACCUUGUUUUAUUUCAUCACUAAAGACACAACUAUUAAAUACACUCAAAGAGUUGGAAGACUUUGAAUCAAACCACAAAGAGUAUAGCACAAAUUCAAAUUAUUCAUCUUGGUUAAACUAUUUGCAAUCCUUUCAAACUGAUAAAAUAGUACAAUCAAAUGUUUAUCUAACUAUUCCAAAUAAUAAUAAUAACAAAAUAGAUAAACAUGUUGGUGUUGUUGAGAAUACAGUAGUUGUUGCUGGCUCGAUAACAACAACCACCACUGAAUCAACCACAACUACUGAAUCUUUGGCCACUCCCUCAACAAAUAAUGUAGAAGAAGAAGAAGAAGAAGAAGAAGAAGAAGAAGAAGAAGAAGAAGAAGAAGAAAAAGAAAAAGAACAACAACAAGAGUCUGCUUCAUCUUCAACAUUGAAUGAUGGUGAAGACACCAAACCAAAUGAAGAAAAGAAAAAGAUGAGUUUAAAGAUUACAGAUAUUAAAUUAAAUACUACACCAACAGAUGGUGAUAAUAAUAAUAAUAAUAAUGCUAGCACGAUAUCAAAUUCUCUACCACCUUUGAUGUUAUCAUCAUCAUCAUCAUCAUCGUCUAAUCCUGGAUCACCUUCAUUGUCAUCUACAUCCAAGAGAUGGACAUCAACAAAACCAACUGGGUCAAUGUUUUUUGCAGGUGGUUCUAGUCUUGGAACAAUUCCUGGUGGAUUACCAGGUACAACAACAACAACAUCAACUGGUGUUGGUGGUGGAGUACCAAUGUCGCUAAGAGAAGGUUCUUCAUUAUCACUUCGUAGUCAAAUGGCUAUGAGUAGUGGAGGAGGAGCAGCUGGAUCAAGUAUUGGUGCCAGUCUUGGUACAAGUGGUAGUAGAUUCUUUACUCCAAGAGAAAGUGUUAAUCUAAGUGGUGGUGGUAGUGGUGCACAAUCAUCAUCUCCAUUACUCAUUUCUAAAACAUCAUCAUCAUCAGAGGAUCAAGAUCAAGAUCAACAACAAAAAGAACAACAACAAGAACAAUCGGAUAAUCAAACGAAUCAAAAUAAUUCAUCACCUACGAGUGCAGCAGCAAUGCAAACCUAUGACAACUGUCCAUCGGUUCAUGACGACUAUGAAGAGGAAAAGGAGAUUCCAGCAUUGGCUGAAUCAUUUGAAACCAAUGUGAUUGUUUUGUUGCCGUGUAGACAUCACAUCAAGGUACCAGCAUCGAGUAUUUCGACGAUUGAAUCGAUCAGACAGCUGGCAUGGGCAACCGCCAAGAUGCAAGGACACAGGAUAAAGAAUAAUCUGAAAGCUUAUUUCUUCAAGUGGAACAACUCGGAGAUUUUGUUUGACAAGGAGUCGACUAUCAAGGAUUUGGUUGUGUAUCCUCCAUCGUCCAUGUUUGUCAAUGGAACACAGACGAGCAUACGAUUCGAGUUGAUUGAAAAGGAUACCAUGUGCAAGGAGCGACUUGUGGAUCUACAGGCAUCGGAAAUCAACGGGCGUCCGUCCUAUUGGAAAGCACAUAUUGACGAAGUCAUCACAUUCAACCGAAAGAAUAGAAUGUUGGCAUCGUUGGCACGUGAUACACCCGGCUCGAUAGAAAAUGCCCGUCUUACACCAUACCCACCUCCCUCUACCAUCCCAGAGUUUUUCGUCAUCAAGAUCCAUCUCCGCAACCAAACCAAGUCUCUUCGUUGCACACGAAAUCAUACUGCAGAGACACUCAUGGCAAUCCUCUCUGAAAAAGUCAAAAACACAUUGCCUUUUGAUCCUUCGCAAUGGCGAUUCCUCAUUACUGGAAAGUACCAAUACAUUCGUCCAAAGGUACCUCUCUUGUCGGUCGAGUUAGUAGUAGAGAGUAUAAAGAGAACGGGUGAGGUCACUCUAACGAUGGUCGAGUUGAACGAGCUUGGGUUACGUGAAGACAUUAGAAUGAGUAAUAUAUUUGACCAGAAUCCAAAAUAUGCACACAGACAAUCACCCAUACUCGACAUUAUUUUCAGUCACAAGAAACAAAAACAUAAUCGACAGGCGUUGGGAGGUAGUACCAAUACUAGCAACACUUCUUCUCCGAUUGGAUCGAUUUCCGACUCGUUACCUUCAACUCCUCCAGCAUCUACAUCCACCACUUCACUACCCGAUAUUUACAAUCUAUCGCUGUCACCACAACAACAACAACAACAACAAUCAUUAUCAACAUCGGCACUACCAGAUUUACAAAAUGCAAUUCAACAACAAGACGAUAUUACACUCCCAACUACAACCAUCAAUGCAUUAGAGAUUCAUGAAAACUUCCAACUCCGACUACUUCACGCACACGAAAUUGAUUCGGCCAGUGUAAAGGGUCACUUUAGUACCAAUGAUAUGUCAAAUAUCAUGAUCUAUGUGGAAUUUGGUAUUUAUUAUGGAGGUUUAUUGAUUGCACCAACCGUUACAAGCAAACCUAUACCAUUCCAAGACACUAUAGUAUGGAAUGAAUGGAUUACACUACCUAUUGCACUAUCUUCGAUUCCACUUGGAUCGAGAUUAUGUUUCUCUAUCAAUGCCAAGCAUCGUGACAAUAAUGUUGCACUUGGAUGGGUGGGUCAUCGUAUCUAUGACUCGGAGAAUCUUUUUUAUACUAGUACACCCUACAGUCUUUUGCUUUGGCCAGGCAAGGUCAACCCAAUCGGCACCUGUGUAGAUAAUUUACAAUCAAAGGAUCAGGCCAUCAUCAUUGCCUUUGAAUUCCACGACUAUUCCACUCCACACAACAUUCAUUACCCCGACCUACUGUUGUGCACAGCUCAAGAACCAAUCCCAUCCAUCGAUAUAGGUGAUCAUGAAAAGGUCAACCUCAUACUACGUCAAGAUCCACUCUACUCACUCUCUGAAGACGAGAAACAAUUAAUGUGGAAAUCUAGAUACUAUUGUCAAACACUUCCUCAUUCACUCUCUAAAUUACUUCAAUCUGUACAAUGGACAAAUAUCAGUCGUGUUGGUGAAAUGUUUAGAUUAUUAAAUAAUUGGCCUUUAUUAUCCCCAAUUACUUCUUUAGAAUUAUUAGAUCCAAAGUUUGCAGAUUGUAUAAAAAUUAGAGAAUAUGUAGUAAAAUGUUUAGAUCAUAUAACAGAUUAUGAAUUGGAAUUAUAUAUGUUACAAUUGGUACAAGCUAUUAAACACGAUUGUUUCCAUGGAAGUGCACUUUCAUUGUUUUUGCUUGGUCGGGUUUUCCAAAACACUUCUGUAUUGGCACACCCAUUCUUUUGGAAUUUAAGAGCCGACUUGGACAAUCAAGAGGUUAGUGAAAGAUUCAGGUUGUUGACGGCGGCAUUUUUACGAUUUACUCCACAUUUGCACGAACCAUUUAAACAACAAAUACAAACACUUGGCAUUCUCGAGGGUAUUGCAAAGCAGGUUAAAGAAGUGUCUCUAGAUAAGAGAAAACCUUUAAUCGAAGAAUUGCUUCGAGCUGAAAAGAAUCUACCAUCAUCGCUCACUGUACCAUUUGACCCGACCAUCAAGGUAAUGGACAUUAUCCCCGAAAAAUGCAAAAGUAUGGAUAGCGCCAAAGUACCUCUAUGGGUAGUAUACAAAAACAGAGACCUCCACGCCACCAACUUUCAAAUGAUUGUGAAAACUGGUGAUGAUCUUAGACAAGAUAUUCUAACGUUGCAACUACUCAAACUUAUGGAUCACAUGUGGAAGAGUGAAGGAUUGGAUUUACAUAUGACCAUCUAUCGUUGUAUUGCCACUGGUAUGGGUACAGGACUCAUCGAAGUCGUUGGAAAUGCUGAAACAGCCGCCAAGAUUCAAGCAGCUGCCGGUGGCAUGACUGGUGCAUUCAAGCAAACACCCAUUGCCAAUUGGUUAAAGAAUGGUAAUCUCACUGAAAACAAUUAUCAAAAGGCUGUUACAAAAUUCACUCUAUCAUGUGCCGGUUAUUGUGUUGCCACCUAUGUCUUGGGAAUCGGUGAUCGACACAACGACAAUAUUAUGGUAGAUAAAUUUGGUCAUCUAUUUCAUAUUGACUUUGGACAUUUCCUUGGUAAUUUUAAAACAUGGGCAGGAUUCCAAAGAGAAAAGGCUCCUUUUGUAUUAACACCAGAUUUUGUAUAUGUAAUUGGUAACAAGGAUUCACCAAACUUUCAAUUCUUUGUUGAAACUUGUUGCAAGGCCUAUAAUAUUCUCAGAAAGAAUGACCAUAUAUUUUACAGCAUGUUUGAGCUGAUGUUAAGUACUGGUAUCCCAGAACUUAAAUGUGAGCAAGACAUUAUGUAUCUUCGUGACAAGUUUAGAAGUGAUCUCAGUGACGAAGAAGCAUCCGAACGUUUCACAAAACUAAUCCAUGAAUCAAUUCAUACUCUAACCACUCAAGUUAACUUUGCAAUUCAUAUUUUUGCAAGAAGUCAUUCUCUAAAAGAAAAAUCAUCAAAUUAA